AUCGCGUGCAGUUAUGACAGGUGGCAGUCCUUGUCAGAAUUCAGUUUUGAGUUGGAUUUUUGAGCAUUGCUGGGCACUAGCAGUGUGCGGACGACAAUGCUUGUUCCACCAUUACCGCUUUUGACGAUUUCACCUUGAGCAGGUAUGAGUAUAGUAGAGCAGUAGUUGAAGACAUCCCAAAGGCAGAGGAUUGAACGAGAGAUUGAAAGUGAAUGACUGCACGUGUAGUAUAUGACGGGCUGUCGUUCACUGCUGAACGCUUGGAGGUGGUAGCAUGGCCGUAACAAAUCCGCCCGUCAAGAUACUGGUGCUGGUCGUGUCCACACUGAUGGCAAUAGGCUUUUUCGGCGUUCUCCGACGGCGAGCAGCCUCUACCCAGGCAUCUUGGAGUGAAUCUGGACUGACCAGUGCCACAUUGGGAGCAGAUGCCGCCAGAAGAGUGCGAGCAGACGCUGCAAAUGUGAAAGGAGUCACCGGUACUAGGAUUGCUAGAGCUUCUAUUGGGCGAGAAAAGAGCCGUACGAAGGCUUAUGGCAUUGUGCAGUUAUUGCCCAAGGCCAGACGCAAGAUUUGGGAACUUGCCAGCAGUUUGACGAUCGCGACGAAACCUCCAAUGCCCGACAGCCACGGCAAGUGGCAAGACAUGAUCCGUGCCUCCACAUUCAUCCAGGGCCUGUCCCCAACCACGUCGUGUUUGCAGACGCGCUACGGGACGCUAAACGAUGGCGGCAAGACAUUGUGUAACGCCAACCAUUUUCUGUCUGCCCCCCGCUGUCUCAUUUAUAGCUUUGGCGUGCAGCGGACGUGCACAGCAGAGCAGGAGAUCCAUGAAGACUUUCCCCAUUGUGAAAUUCUCAUGUUCGAUCCCACCUCGACAGAGUUCUUUAAGAAGGCAUCUUGUUGUCGCCAAAGCAACAUGAAGUGUAUCGAGACAGCUUUGGGGGGUGGACAGGACGUGGCAGAUACUUUGGGAAUGGCGGGAGACACUUUGACGGAGAUCAUGCGCCAGCAUGGUCACGUGACACGCAAGAUCAAUCUACUGAAGAUGGACAUUGAAGGCAGUGAGUAUGGUGCACUGGAGUACCACAUGAAUAAUGCACAGACUGCAUCGUUCCCAGCUGUUGAUCUGUUGUUGAUGGAGAUCCACGGGCUGAAAACCCCCGCUGUUCGCGAGCGUGCUGCAAAGAUCAUCGAAUGGCUGGAGAACAUCGGACUGAGUAUCUACUAUGUUGAGCGCAAUCCUCGCUACCCAAUGACGAACGCGGAGAUCGCCCUGGUGAAUCGCUCCAUGCUGGUGCCAAUCUAGGGUAUUAUAUGUUAUAAAGUGAUCAGCGUUAAAAUUAGACCUUUCAAUAAUACGCAAUCAAUAAGACAAGCUGAAUCGACAUUUGUGUAUAUUUUAUUCAUGCAAUGUAAAACGGUGGAGACAAUGUGCAAUAAAACGAUGAAAGUAGGAAGACAUAGUGUAGAGAAAAAUUAAGGUUAAAACAAUCUAAGCGGUCAACUCGUGGAACUGUAAUAAACAAUAAUGUCAAUUUGCUUGUUUAACUGGCUACAACCAUAUAUCCCCUCCUCAGUUUUGAAAAUAUAUUGAACCAAUAAAAUAAGGCUUGGAUUUUUUUAAACAUGAAUAUCGACGCACUUGCCCCUUCUGUUCAUGUCUUGCCCCGCUCUAGUAAGGGUUCAUGAAUUCGCCCAGUCCAAACUCCUUCUCCGGUUUUUCUUUCCUUCCAGUUGCAUCUUCCUUUCUGCUCUGUUUUACUUUCGCUUUUCGUUCGUCCCUCUUGAUAGUUGUACUUUGUACUGUCGAGGCAACGAACUGAAAAUCAUAAUAAAAACCAACCAACCAACCAAAAUGCUACAUGUACAUCACAGUGCUAGGCUAACCGCGCUUUAAUGCGCUUCCCGAAUCCCUUCGCACAAAUCAUAUCCCCAAUUCAUUUCGCCAGGAACUUCACAAAUGCAUUUAUCUUGGGCACCCUGUAAG